AUGGCACCUGGGUCGGAUAUCCACUACUUUCCAGCUCUGGAGGAAUGUCUCUUUGGCUACUCUGUGCUCCUUUCCUGGCAACAUGUCGCAACAGCGGUCCUCGAUUCUACGUUUCAACGGCAGAAGAGCCCGGCUGUGGUCGCAUUUCUCAAGGAUAGCUACGUGCAAGGACUCUUAAAGGAUCCGGGCAAUGUCUUCGACAAGCCUUCUACCGCGACUCAGAAAUCUUUCGAAACAAAAACUGCACCGAUCAACGUCACUACAGCCUCGAACGAACGCAUCGAUGUCAAGACGGUCAAGGAAGACGCAGAAUGGCUCAGCAAAAACGCAGGUUUGAACCUGGUGGAUUCUCUCCGUAUCGUCGUGGUGGAGUUUCAAGCGCGCAGUACGCAGCAUCUCAGGACUCCCUUGUCCGCCCAAGAUGCUGCUAACCUUCAGGAUGCGGCUGGGCUGGUCAAUGGCCAGGGCGGCACUUUCUUGGCGGAGAUUGGCAUCACCACGGCCGCCGACGCGGAGGAUAUAUGGCAUGACUUCGAAUUGCCCGACUCAAAGCGAAGACGCCUUUUCGAAACAUACCUCUCCGAGCGUCGGUACUUCACGGCUGUUGCUGAUUACAUGCACUCCAUAACGCUCGAUCGAAGGCUUCCAAUACUACUUCCGGUGGUAGACGACUCCGCGACACUCUACGAAGCGACCGAAUGCACGAAGAGCGACAUGGGAGAACGUUUGUCUGCGUACACGCAGUCUCUUGGUUCUCGUCUCGACUUGCUCUGCUCAGGUCUGCGUGGCAUCACGGAUACGAAGCUGCUCAUGACAGAGCAUACGGAAAUCCUCUUUCUAGAGACACUAUUGACAGAAGUUGUCCAUAUGGUGUCGGUUGUGAUGCAGCUCGCAGAUGCCCUGGGUCCCGACUGCCCUCCCCCAAAUAUUAUCAGCUCUUGGUUCUCGAUUAUGAAGACUUACGAAUUUCUCUCUGGCUUGGCUCCUUAUGGCUACUUUACCGAGCUCAGUGACUUGGCAAAGGUCUCAGCUGUCGCAGCCUCGGUAGCACUUCUCAAGCCCGUCCGAAGUAUGGACUACGUGCAAGAAGAGUUGCUGGCACCGUCUGGCGAGAGCGUCAACAAAUCAUUCGUCUUCGUCCCUGAAGUCCUGAUGGAGGUGCAUAGCACCAUUAUUGGUGCUUUCGAAGCGGACAUUUCCUCUGUGUCGCCACUGGCCUACGUGUGGCACUCCUUCUUGAGUAUCAUGAAGAACUCGCGUGAACUACGGAUUGGACAACGAUACGACAAGUCACAUCCUGCUCGCAUCGAAGGCAGGCCGAUGACUAGACCAGGCGCCGCAGCGCGACGUAACUCGGCCAACAGCAUUCUCUCCAUAGAGUCUUCGAGAUUCGACUCCUUCGAAGGGGAUGUUGAUGUGGCGGUUAUUGACGAUCUCGAAGCAAAGCUGGUGGGAGAGUCUUCGAUUUUUGAUCUCAUCACAGCCAUGAGCAAUCUGGCAUCGUCGACUGAAUCAGGGCCCAUGACAGACUUGGCCAGUUCUCGCACCAGGGCUCAGCUCGCUGAGGUACUGCAGGUGACCGAAGGGUUGCGCCCUCCAUACCUGCCUGCGAGCGUCAGCGCAAUGCUCGAUUUACUGUGCACCGAUCGCGGUUACUGGGACAUUGACUCACGAGGUCAUCUCCCCCUGAACGCCGACUUCACCGCCUCCAUGCUUCGCAGUGAAUGGUUUCAGGAGGCGUAUCUGAAGCCUGCUCUCAGACGCUUCCCUACCGAAUUCGUCCCCUUCGUCCAUUUCUGCCGAGUACUUUGCACCUCUCUCAAUGGACGAGACGAGGACGCUGACAUUAUACUUGACCUUCUCCGAGAAACCCCGACCUUUACCUUCGCUUUCGACGAGGAGCUUUUGAGGCGAGGCUUGCUCCAGCCCAUCGGACAAGCGGGUAACGGAUUUCAGCUCUUGCAAGACCUCCCAUUCGCUGACCAGACACUAUCAUGGCAAAGGCAACGGAGAGGCGCUUUCGAGUUCGUCGUACCAGCAGGCACAAACUGCGAGUUGGUCGAUGAUCUCGACAUAGGCCCCACGGAACGCAGCUGUGUCGCCUACUUUGGCUAUUCCACACUCUCCUUCCUUGGUCAACGACUGGAAAUGGAUCUGUUGGGCCAGCCCAAUUUCCUCGGUGCCAUGUCCCCCGACAUGACGGCGGCAACCAUAUCGUUACUUGCUACAGUCUUCCGUAUCUCUCAUAUGCGGACAGCAGAUGCAAGUGGGCCGGGUGCGCUCGUGUCUGUUGAUAACGACAUCAUUCAGGAAGCCAGCAGGUACCUCACUGGCGGCAAGGAUGUCGUUACGGUGGUGCUGGACAUUAUGGAUUCCCUACUACAAGAUGAUGCUGCUCUUGGUGAUGACGCUGCGCUCGGCAUUCUCAACGCCUCCAUUCACCUGCUGCAUUCGCUUUUGCCAUUGCAGCCGGGCAGAGUAUGGUCGUACAUCGCAAGCUAUUCCAUAGCGCAGAUCUCCAUUGACGUGUUCGAAAACACGUCAACGUGGAGGCUUGAGAAUGGCUCGAGGCGAGUGGCCCUGCUCGCCAAGGUCACGCCUAUUCUACAGAAGCUGGUGAACUACCGCUACGGCAUGGGCAACCCUCUGACGCCGAGCAAACUGACGUCUGCGUUUGAUGAGGCGGGCUCAGAAGCAAUGAAAACCGACCCGAAGCAUCGCGGGAUUGCCAAAGAUUCCAUAUUUGCUCUCGCGCUGAACCAACUGUCUAAUCUCAAGGAGCUUGACCCCUUGCAAGCUGUGGUCAUUCUGGAUUUUGUCUCUUCAGCUCAAAACUACUGGCCAUGGACUGUCUUCACUCUAAACAAGGACACGGACUUUGAUUAUCUCAAGGGCCUGCAAUCGUACAUGAGUGAGCUUCAGUCAUCCAACACUCGAAGCAGGAACAGCGUUGCCAUGGCUGCUAUCGAAGCUCGCAUUGCCUCCUUUAUUGCGGAGAUAUUUGCUAUGCAGUUGUAUCACUCGCGACACUUGGCUGUCUCCGAGGCAGGCACACUAGCUCAGCAGCUCAUCAACAAGUCUAUGGAUUACUAUCUACGGGACGGCGUCGAGGUGGCUGGCUACAACAGAUCGCUUCACAUCAACUUCGCCAAGAACUUUUCCAACAAAUACAGCGGCUGUUCAUUGGAAGACUUUAGACGGACUAGCUUCCAGCCCUCUGAGCUCGGGACUGCUUUCUAUUACGACAUAGACCGCGCCAACAGCAUGCUCGCCUUUGAUCCUGGAUGGCUGGGGCGGAAGGACAAUGGAUUCAAGACGGAGAUGGAGCUCGCCAAUUCGAAUCUAUCGCUGGUCGAUGCUCAAAUACUGCAACAGGUGGCAGUGCAAUGCUUGAAGGCGGACCGAGACGCUGAAGGGGCGCCCGCUGUCUUCGUACGAGUGAUGGAUGCUCGGGUCAACUUGGCGCUGGUCCUCGUGCAGCGUUUAGAGAAGAUGCCAUUGUCGGUGGACGACCAUCGUGAGCUUCUUGCGGCUGUGACAUUGGCUAUCAGUGUUUGCGAUACGUCUUUUGCUCCGGAGACUGCGCUCUAUUAUCGAAAGCUGCUGCAGACGCUGUAUGUCUCCAUGCGCGCGUACCAAAUGAUCCUCAACAUACUGGACCGGGUUGUGGCUCAAGGCUUCCGCAAUCUCGUGAGCCUGCUCCAUGACGAUACGCAAAGCGUCACACAGGGCGAUCUUGGUCUCAUCACGGCUCUAUUACAAGCCUGUCUUGCGAUGCCCGGAAUGGAGCAGUCUCAAACGCAGAUUCUGAACAUCAUGGCGUCGCAUAACUGCUUCUAUGCGGCUACGUCACUGUUUUCCUGGGCCGACAAACUAACCGACCAGGGUGACCCGGUCUACGGCGAGCUCAGUAUGCUUUUCUUGCUAGAGCUUUCAGCACUGCCCGGAGUCGCUGAACAGCUGGCUUGCGAUGGCAUCCUCAACAUCUUGCUGACUGCCAACCUGACCAAGUUCAUGAUUAAGGGGAGGCUGUCACCGUACGCUGAGACGCCCAUGUCUCAGCGUUGCUACGGCAUUUGGGUCAAGGGCUUGCUACCGCUGAUGCUUAAUCUUCUCACAGCUCUUGGCGGCACUGUGGCGCCCGAGGUGGCUUAUCUUUUGAACCAGUUCCCAGAGCUGCUGGAGCUUAGCGUCAAUAGGUUCGAGGCACCGGGAGCCAGUCGCACACAACUAAGAUCGUCUACGCAACAUCUGACACUGAUGGGCACUUCGGAGGUGCACUCGCUGGCUCUGAUCACUCGGAUUCUGAAUGCCUUGCGUAUCAAUCUAGGCCGCGAGAUCCCCGAGGUGAACUGGAACGCGCCAUCGGUACUCGAGAGUACCGAGAUGUGGUUGGCGUCGGAAAGGAUGUUCAAAGAUGGCCUGCUGCCUUUAGGGCCGCGCGAGAUUGAGUGGCGAUCGAUGAAGAGGACAAGCAAGGACGAGCGGGGGGAUAAUGUCCUGGAGCAGAAGGUUUACUCACAACUAGAAGCAGUCCGCGACGUGCUGAGCGAGAGCCUGGAGACCGAGUAA